AUGGUACAACGCGUCCAGUUGGGCGAAUACCUCCUGGGGAAAAAGAUCGGUUCUGGGAACUUCUCCACGGUCCGGCAGGCCACGGACACACAAGGGCGAAGGUGGGCAGUGAAGAUCAUUGAUAAGUCCCGUUUAAAGCAGGAGCACAUGGAGGAACAGCUUCUGCGCGAGGUGGCUGUAAUGCGGUCACUUAUGCAUGAAAACGUCAUCGCUCUUCGUGACGUUUUGGAAUCCGACAACCACUACUACCUUGUGUUGGAGUAUGUGCCGGGUGGGGAGUUGUUCGAUAAGAUAGUGAAGGCGAAGCGCUUUGAUGAGAAUACAGCGAGACGUUAUUUUCAUCAGCUCAUCGCUGGGAUGCACUACUGCCACAGCCGCGGUUUUGCCCACCGCGACCUGAAGCCGGAGAACCUGCUGCUCGACGCGAACGGGACGCUGAAGAUCUCUGAUUUUGGCCUCAGCAACCGGCAGCAAAGCUUUCUGCUUGAGACAGUGUGUGGGACGCCCAACUAUGUUGCACCGGAGGUUUUGAUGGAGCGAGGCUACAAUGGGCUGUCGGCAGACAUAUGGAGCUGUGGCGUCGUGCUGUAUGUGAUGCUUGCCGGACGCCUGCCCUUUGAGGACCGUAAUAUUAACGCGUUGUUUGCAAAGAUUGAGCGUGGCGAGUACCAGAUGAUUAGGCACGUGUCCGAGGCAGUGAGGGACCUGAUUGCGCGGAUGCUGACGGUGGACCCGAAGAAGCGCAUCACGAUGGAGGGCAUCAUCGCCCACCCAUGGUUUCAGGUGGGCUGGGACCGAAGGCGGCUGCAAGGAGCUGAGUAG